AUGAACUUAGGCACCGUAAAGGCAGCAUUGCAUAAAGAAGAUGUGAGUUUGAUAGCUUUGUUCAUGUUUCCACAAAUUAUUCAUCACGAUUUGACCUUCCAGCAAGCUUUGUUUUUCUGUGUAACAACCGGAGAGCGGCCAGGCGCACGGGUGGUGGUUAGCCAAGCUAGCAGAGAGAGAAUUAAAGGUAUACUCAAAUCGAACUUGUGCCUCGUCUUGUGCCAGUUUUUCUUAUCUCUUACCUUUGAUUCUCUCUGCACGAUUGUUUCUUCCACACAACUUCGAACUCCACUGAUCCUACAAAAUUUGUUUCUUAGGAGGCCGAAAAAUGCUACAGCAACGCUAUAAAAUACAGACCAAGAUAUCCAGACGCUUUUUUCAACCUUGGAAAUCUGGUAAGAAAAAAAGGUCAAUAG